UCUGUGCCUGGAAUUCUCCAUUUCAUUCAACAUGAAUGGGCGAAGUUUGAGCUGGAGAGGUCGAAAUGGGAUGUAGAGAGAGCUGAGCUACAGGCAAAGAUUGCGUUUCUUCAGGGUGAGCGGAAAGGUCAAGAAAACUUGAAGAAUGAUCUGGUCAGGAAUAAAAUGCUUGAGCAUGCCCUCAAGCAGGAGCGUGCCAGAUUUCACAAACUCAAGUAUGGUGCAGAGCUGUCACAAGGUGACUUGAAGCCUGCUGUGUUUGAUGAAGGCCAAGAAGAUGCUGGAGAAGGGGAUCAGCUGAUAACUGCGAGCAGCAACAUUUCCUGGAGGCAGGGGCGGCAGCUUCUCAGACAGUACUUGCAUGAAAUUGGCUACACUGAUACCAUCAUUGAUGUGAGGUCAAACAGGGUCCGCUCAUUGCUAGGCCUAAAAGACAACAAAGAUGGAAGUCCACCACCCAUGGGCAAUGAUCCUGCAACAUCCAAGGAGGAUGGGCAAAGCAAGGCUAUGUCUCAGAGCCAGGUGGCCCUUUUGGGUGAGGACAUGCGUGAGGCAGAACAAGCUGUGCUGGCUAACUGCCAUUUUCUCAAUGAAGGUGGAGUGGAAGUAGAUGACGGGGAUGACGAUGAAGAAGACUGGAAGAGUGAAGAGAUAAACAUAGGAAAACAGGACAAAUCUCUUGGGGAUGAUGAGCGGGAUUCGUCAAACAUGGCCAUGGCCCUGAAGUCUCUAGACUUUGAUUUCAGCAACAUCUCCAUUGGGAAUAUGGUGAAUCCAUGGGAAGAAGGCGGGAGUGGGAGGCCCGCAGCCAGCAAAGACCCCAGUCUCCAUCAGCCUGGCAUGAGGAUCAACUCAGCUCGGUAUGGCCUGGAAGUAAAUGAUGACACCUUGGAAGAAAUGGGACUGGGAGAGCUGGCCCAGCUGACUGUGACGAACGAGGCAGAGGGCACCUAUGAGCCGGGGACAUCCAAAGAGCCCUUCUCCAAGAUGUGGAAUGCCAAGUACACCCUGAGGUCCCACUUUGACAGCGUCCGGGCGCUGGCCUUCCACCCUAUCGAACCCGUACUGAUCACGGCCAGCGAGGACCAUACGCUGAAGCUGUGGAACCUGCUGCGUACGAUUGCCGGCAAGAAGUCUGCGUUCCUGGACGUGGAGCCCAUCUACACGUUCCGCGGCCACGUCGGCGCCGUGCUCUCCAUCUGCAUGAACCCAACGGGUGAGCAGUGCUACUCCGGUGGUCUGGACGGCACGGUGCGCGUCUGGACUGUGCCCAACUCCAACAUCGACCCGUACGACGCGUACGACCCUGACGCGCUCAGCCAGACGCUGGCCGAGCACACGGACGCCGUCUGGGGGCUGGCGUUCCACACGCAGAAGACGCAGCUGCUCUCGUGCUCGGCGGACGGCACCGUCAAGCUGUGGAGCCCGGGCACCAGGGCGCCGCUGCUGCAGUCGUACUCGGCCGACCCGGCGCUCGGCCAGCCCAGCUCUGUGGACUUCGUGCACGAGGACUGCAGUCACAUGGCCGUGGCUUACACCACCGGCCGCUCGGUCAUUUACGACCUGGAGACGUCCAAGCCGGUGGUGCACCUGGAGUCGGACCAGAACGCUGCGGGCGCCGCCGGCCGCGACCAGAUCAACUGCGUGGUCUCGCACCCGACCAUGCCGGUGACGGUGGCGGCGCACGAGGACCGGCACAUCCGCUUCUACGACAACGUGACGGGCAAGGCGGUGCACGCCAUGGUGGCGCACCAGGACGCCGUCACCAGCCUAGCGGUCGAUCCCAACGGCCUGUACCUGCUGUCGGGCAGCCACGACUGCAGCAUCCGGCUCUGGAACCUGGACAACAAGCAGUGCGUGCAGGAGAUCACCGCCCACCGCAAGAAGAGCGACGAGAGCAUCCACUGCGUCGGCUUUCACCCCACCAAGCCGUACAUCGCGUCCGGCGGCGCCGACGCGCUGGCCAAGGUGUUCGUGUAAGGUGGCGCGGCGACCGGCCGGGCCGUGCGGGUCAGCGCGGCAGAGGGAUGGCGCCGGGAGGGUCAGCACGGGGGCGACGGGGGUCCCCGGGCGCGCCGCCGGCCCGGUCUCGCCCGACGCAAAGGUCACAGCCCCGCGUGAGAUUAGUCAUUGUGAGCGGCCUCGUGUGGUGGCCGCGGGCGGGCCGUGCUCGCCGGGGAUCUGCCGUAGUGUCGGCUCGCUGUCCCGCGUGUAGGCUCCGUGUACGGGGGCGUAGGCUCGGCGCUGGGCCGCCGCGAUGUGAUUGUGUUGCGCUGCCGGCGUCCGCGCGCUGCCGGCCGCCCCUGCGA